CAUGGAUGUCCAACAGAAACAGAUUGUCACCAAACUUAUGGAAUCCAUUCCCACACUUCGUAUCAGACAUUUGGGCAAAACUAUAACCCCGGAGAAGGUGGCCGUUGAGUGCUCUAUCAAAUACGUCAAGAAUAAGGAGUUCCUUAUUUUGCCCGAAAUGGAUCUCUUAUAUCAACUCAAUUGGCUUAAUCUGAUCCGCGGUAACGAAGUCUUGUUGAAUAAAUUCAUGGUUAGAGUGGAGAAGGAGGUCAACCAUUUUAAGGACGACAUGACUGACAACUACCUAGCUGCCUUAUUCUAUAAGGGAUACCUACUCAGACUACUGGGUAAACCAAAGGAAGCCAAACAGUGUAUGCAAACUGUGGUGGAAAAUGCCUCGAAGAUCAAGUUGGAGACGUCAAUAGUGCCGCAGUCGGUGCUCGAGUUGGGUCUCCUGGACCUGGAACAGGGUCUCACCGAAGAGGCCAAGAAGUGGCUCAACAAAUGCAUCAGCGAUUACAACGGCUAUCUCAACGAAAACUAUGUCCAUUUGCGGGCAUUCGCGGGGCUCCGGGAGCUCGGCGUCAGCACCGAUAAGUUCAAGGAGGACGACAUGAAACUCGAGGAAUACAAGAAGCAAUGGCUGAAAGACAUUAACGUCGAGGAGAAGAGCUAUGAGAGUAUACUCGAGAAGGAGGAGGAGAUUGUCGUCAAA